AUGGAUCUCCCUAGCCUCGCUAUUGUCCUACAAGCCGCUCUUAGCCCCAAUCCCGAUGAACGCAAAGCCGCUGAGCAAAGACUCGAUCAGUUUCAGUACACCCCCCAGCAUCUUGUGAGGUUGCUGCAGAUUAUUGUGGACAAUAAUUGCGACAUGGCUGUGCGCCAAGUAGCUAGUAUUCACUUCAAGAACUUCAUUGCUAAGAACUGGGCCCCCCAUGAGCCUGAUGAGCAACCGAAGAUCUCACCUAGUGAUAAAGCUAUGGUGAGGGAUCAUAUCCUAGUGUUUCUUGUGCAAGUUCCACCUUUGUUGAGGUUACAGUUGGGUGAGUGCCUUAAAACAAUGAUCCAUGCUGAUUACCCUGAGCAGUGGCCGCACCUUCUGGAUUGGAUUAAGCACAACUUACAAGAUCAGCAAGUUUAUGGAGCUCUCUUUGUGUUGAGGAUUCUUUCUAGAAAAUAUGAGUUCAAGUCGGAUGAGGAGAGGACACCUGUUUAUCGCAUUGUUGAGGAGACAUUCUCUCAUCUUCUCAACAUAUUCAACAAGCUUGUCCAGAUUCCAAAUCCUUCUCUGGAAGUAGCAGAUUUGAUCAAACUUAUUUGUAAAAUAUUCUGGUCAUCUAUAUAUUUGGAGAUUCCGAAGCAGCUAUUUGAUCCAAAUGUCUUCAAUGCUUGGAUGGUUCUUUUCUUAAAUGUUUUGGAGAGGCCUGUUCCCGUAGAUGGCCAGCCUGUGGACCCUGAGCUUAGGAAGUCAUGGGGAUGGUGGAAGGUGAAGAAAUGGACAGUUCACAUCUUGAACAGGCUAUAUACUCGGUUUGGAGAUUUGAAACUUCAAAACCCAGAAAACAAAGCUUUUGCCCAGAUGUUUCAAAAGAAUUUUGCUGGGAAGAUUUUGGAGUGCCACUUGAAUAUAUUGAAUGUGAUUCGUUCUGGUGGCUAUUUACCUGACAGAGUUAUCAACCUAAUUCUUCAGUACCUAAGUAACAGUAUCUCAAAGAAUAGCAUGUAUAAUCUACUGCUGCCAAGACUGGAUGUCCUUCUCUUUGAGAUAGUUUUCCCUCUUAUGUGCUUCAAUGACAAUGAUCAAAAGCUCUGGGAUGAAGACCCACAUGAAUAUGUGAGAAAGGGUUAUGAUAUCAUUGAAGAUUUGUAUAGUCCAAGGACUGCUUCCAUGGAUUUUGUCAGCGAGUUGGUUAGAAAACGUGGGAAGGAGAACCUUCAAAAGUUCAUUCUAUUCAUUGUGGAAAUUUUUAAGAGAUAUGAUGAAGCACCAAUGGAAUACAAACCCUAUCGACAAAAGGAUGGUGCACUACUUGCUAUUGGAGCACUUUGUGAUAAGCUGAAACAAACUGACCCUUACAAAUCUGAACUGGAGCGUAUGUUAGUGCAACAUGUUUUCCCUGAGUUCAGCAGCCCUGUUGGCCACCUUAGAGCAAAGGCUGCAUGGGUCGCAGGACAAUAUGCCCACAUUAACUUCUCAGACCAGAACAAUUUCCGUAAAGCAUUGCACAGUGUUGUUUCUGGGUUGCGUGAUCCAGAGCUUCCUGUGCGUGUUGACUCAGUUUUUGCAUUGCGAAGCUUUGUUGAAGCCUGCAAAGAUUUAAAUGAGAUCCGUCCGAUUCUUCCUCAACUUCUUGAUGAGUUCUUCAAACUGAUGAAUGAGGUAGAGAAUGAGGACCUGGUCUUUACUUUGGAAACUAUAGUGGACAAAUUUGGUGAGGAGAUGGCACCUUAUGCUCUUGGAUUAUGCCAGAAUUUGGCAGCUGCAUUUUGGAGAUGCAUGAAUACUGCAGAAGCUGAUGACGAAGCUGAUGAUCCUGGUGCUUUAGCAGCAGUUGGUUGUUUGCGCGCAAUAAGCACAAUCCUUGAGUCAGUCAGUAGGCUACCUGAUCUUUUUGUCCAAGUUGAGCCAACUUUGCUUCCUAUAAUGCGUAGAAUGUUGACAACCGAUGGCCAGGAGGUGUUUGAAGAAGUUUUGGAAAUUGUUUCAUAUAUGACCUUUUUCUCUCCAACAAUAUCUACGGAAAUGUGGUCUCUCUGGCCCUUGAUGAUAGAAGCAUUGGCAGAUUGGGCAAUUGAUUUCUUUCCAAAUAUUCUGGUUCCCUUGGACAACUAUAUAUCCAGGGGGACUGCACAUUUCCUUGCAUGCAGGGAACCAGAUUACCAACAAAGCCUUUGGAGCAUGAUUUCAUCUAUCAUGGCAGAUAGAAACUUGGAAGACAGUGACAUAGAACCAGCACCAAAGCUUAUUGAAGUGGUUUUUCAGAACUGUAAAGGGCAAGUGGAUCAGUGGGUUGAGCCAUACCUGAGAAUCACUGUUGAGCGAUUGCGACGAACUGAGAAAUCAUAUUUGAAAUGUCUUCUUAUGCAAGUAGUUGCGGAUGCUCUUUACUACAAUGCAGCUUUGACCCUCAGCAUAUUGCACAAACUUGGUGUUGCUACAGAGAUCUUUAAUCUUUGGUUUCAGAUGUUGCAACAAGUGAAAAGGAGUGGUGUACGGGCAAAUUUUAAAAGGGAACAUGAUAAGAAAGUUUGUUGUUUGGGAUUGACAGCACUACUUGCUCUUCCUGCGGAUCAAUUACCAGGGGAGGCUCUGGGUCGUGUUUUCAGGGCCACUCUUGAUCUCCUUGUUCGAUACAAGGAUCAACUUGCAGAAGCUGCAAAGGAGGAAGAAGCAGAAGAUCUUGAUGAUAUGGAUGGUUUCCAGACUGACGACGAAGAUGAUGAUGGUGAUGGUUCUGACAAAGAAAUGGGAGUUGAUGCUGAGGAUGGGGAUGAAGCUGACAGCAUUAAACUUCACAAGUUAGCUGCACAGGCAAAAUCUAUGCGUCCGCAUGAUGAGUACGAUGAUGACUCGGAUGAUGACUAUAGUGAUGAUGAGGAGUUGCAAUCACCAAUUGAUGAGACACUUGACUUUCAUUUUCAAGCGCUUGCAAAUGGUGUUGCCGAACAUGCUGAGCAGAGGAGGGUAGCGAUUGAAAAAGAAAAAUUGGAGAAGGCAUCUGCUGUUGUUCAUGCAUAUUGCAUUGGAGUCAUUGCCAGUCUCAUUAAAGCAUUUUGCUUAGUUCAAUGGUCAUGGAGAUUGGGGGAUAAGGGGGCUGCGACUUUCUCUGCCAUGGGUUCAGUAGUCUACAAGCAUUAUGAAACUUUGGUCCGCUUGGUCUUUGGAGUUUUUGGGUUUACUGCAGAGGCUUCCAAGGGUAGCUUGCUGCUGGUUAUUGUCAUUGAAAAUGCUGUUGGCUUGGAUAAGUCCCCUGGAAAAAUGGCUGCCGGCAGUGUAGGAAUUAAGAAAAUGGCCUUGCAAGGUAAAGUAGGCAUAUUGCGUGUAACAGCAAAGUCGACCAUUUUCAUGGAAUCAACCAGAAUGUCGCUUGGUAAGGUUGGUGGAGAAUAG